ACAAAGUCGGUCAGUCGCUCAACUCAUUCUGACUGCACGGGACCGGGGAGGGAAUCCCGGCAGCUGAUUGGACAGUCAGGGUUUUCCCACGUCACAGGGGAUCCUCGGUAUAACUGAGAGGCGAGCCGGUCGCGUCGCUUCAAUUCACAUGUUUUUUAGUCGGGUCUGCACACUCUGAAGACGCCUCCGAAACGCAGUAUGUCUCUGCUUGAAAACUCAACGGCAAGGCUGCCUGUGGACCCAUCAGAGUCAAAUGACACUGACAAACACAGACAAGCCCACAGACUGUAUCCAUCUCUGCCAAAUAUAGACAGGUAUGAGUUUUGGUGCAAUACUGGGGAAGAACUACACCCGUCUGUGAAGCUGGAAAACACACAGCUGCAAGGGUCCUCUCACAAAAGUGAUGUCAACAUGAAAACACAGAUUCUUAUCUUAGAAGAGCAAAAGAACGAGCUUCUUUCUAUUAAUGAGAAAUGGGCAAAAGAGUACCGAACCAUGGUGCACUACUACAAAGAGAAGGUCGAGGAGUUAAAAGCAUUACAGCAGUGUGAUCGCUUUGAAGAGGAAGAAGGAAAGCACGUCACGUUAAACCGACUGAAGCUCAAGGUGAUCAAAGGAAAAGAGAGCGCACAGACGGAAGAGGGUGAUGCCAGCUCUGAGAAGCUCGAAGCACAGAAAGAAGUAAAAGAGCUGCGAGCGCAGAACAGCGCCCUGACCCGCAAAGGGCAGCAUCAACACGAGGAGAUCAGACGACUGAACAAGGCCUUAAAGGAGGCGCUUCAGGCUUCUCAGUCCCUUGGAGUGGACAAUGAAACACUAGACAUCUGGAAACAUCAAGCUGAAGUCUUUAAGGAAGACUUUCGGAAGGAGCGCAGAGACCGGGAGAAGCUUAAGGGCAAAUAUCUGGAACUGGAGAAGAAGUAUACCAAAGCUCACAACGAGCUGCAUGUCCUCAGAUCUCAGCUGACAUGGACUCGGCAACUGCACCCCGUGCUUAACUGCUCCUGUGCAAAUCAAGCCAAAUGUCCGAACUCGGAGGGCCACCAGGUUAGCCAGCGCCACAUGAAGCUGCAGAGGCGGUGCACUCUCGAUAACAAGCAGUGAAGCUCAACCAACUCCUCUGACUUUUUGGGAUAUUGUUUAGGCAGACUUUCUGGAAGUUUUUCCCGGAGUAUGAGCAGCCAGAUCAGUGUUCAUCGCCAGCAGAGUGAGGAAGUGAGCUCUGUUCCAGCUAACUCCUCUGCUGGUCCUGCUUGUAACAAGGCCACGGCAUCAGUCUGGGUCCACUGAGAGACUUAUGUGGGGCAAGGGAGGAACCUAAUACACAAAUAUCGAUGCAUACGCUUACCAAGAGGAGAAAGGCAGCGAAGGGUAAAAUGAAACUGUCAAGAUAGGCUGAUUACACUUCGAGUGUGACACAGGUUUUAUUGCACUGCCCAAACACUACUGACAUCCACCAUACUGAUCAAUGAUG